AUGUCGUCUUUGGAUCCACCACCUUCACCGCCACCUCCACCUGCAAUACCGAAAUCCAUACCUGAAUUUGAACGCUCGAACUCUUCGAAUCUACCUUCGACAGUGCAGCGUCAUGAAGUUUAUACCCCGGCGUAUUCUCAUCCGCCAUUUCAUACCCAUGCUUUCUUCAAGGUUUUGGAGGGUACAUUCCCGACGUCUAUUGCACGGAGUCUCAUGCGGGCCACACGCGCGUUGCUCGUUGACCGGAUCGGAAAAGUUCGGAGAGAAGGAUUAACUCAUAAGGAUUUGGAUAAUCAAGCAUAUUUGUUUCGUGCCGCGUUGUCAGAGCUUCGUUCAGGAAUGACUCUGAAUACGAAAAAUGACUCUGCCACAGUGCAAUCUGCCACGACCGCACUUCGGCGAGAGGUUGACAGGCUUGAUGUAAAGAUGAAGGAAGACAUUACAACACUCAAACAUGAGAUACAGAUUGACCUUGACAAUCGUAAGAAUGAAGUCAAGGACGAGUUCGCUCGUAAAGAUAUCAUUAUCGAGGAAUUGUUGAACAAAUCCAUCGUCAGCAUCAGUGAUCUCAGAACCGACGUUGAGGAAGUGAAAUGGGAUAACAUGAGGCGGGCUGUUGGCGGGCUGUUCACAUUCGCGACUGCCGUAGUCAUCGGCAUGGAGUUGCGCCCGAAACCUCCUCCACCAUCCCCUCCAGUUGUUCCGACGCCUAUAACGCGUGCUGACCUGGCACCGACUACAGCGGACGCGUUGGAAAAGAUGGAAUGGGUCACAUAG